UGUGAAGAAGAUUUGGAAGAAUAAGAAUUUAGAAGAGAAGCUUGAGAAAGAGUUUCUUGCUGAAGUCAAGAUCUUGAGCUCAAUUCGACAUGCCAACAUAGUGAAGCUGAUGUGCUGCAUUUCCAGUCAGACUUCAAAACUUCUCGUCUACGAGUACUCAGAUAAUCGGAGCCUGGAUCGAUGGCUGCACACGAGAAACAGGCCAUCCAAUCUCUUGAGGUCAGUCCAUCAUGUCACGCUCGACUGGCCUAAGAGGUUGCGGAUUGCAGUGGGGGCAGCUCAGGGCCUCAGCUAUAUGCACCACGAUUGCGUGCCGCCUGUGGUACAUCGUGACAUGAAAUCGAGCAACAUUUUGUUGGACUCCGAUUUCAAUGCAAAAAUAGCAGAUUUUGGUCUGGCUAAGAUGUUGGUCAAGGAAGGAGAACUUGCUACAAUGUCAUCUGUUGCUGGCUCCAUUGGCUACAUGGCUCCAGAAUACGCCCACACAACGCGAGUGAAUCAAAAGAUCGAUGUGUAUAGUUUUGGGGUCAUCCUUCUGGAGUUGACAACCGGCAGGGAAGCCAACCACGGCGAUGAACACACUGCCCUCGCUGAAUGGGCGUGGCGCCAUGUUCACGAAGAAAACACUAUCGCCGACGCUUUGGACCAGGACGUCAAAGAACCUUGUUACUUGGACGAAAUGUGCUCGGUUUUCAAACUUGGCCUCAGUUGCACAGAGAGACUUCCAGCUAGUAGGCCUUCCAUGAAGGUCGUUCUGCAAAUCUUGCUCCGAUGCAGCCGUCCAGUUAUCAACGGUGAAAAGACCGAGUACGUUGCGGCUCCUCUGCUCAAGAACUCGAAGCGUGAGAGGAUUUUGGAAGACAAGAAUGGUAGUUUGGUAACAAAUGUCUGAUGCCUUCAUCGAAUUCACGAAGAGGAAACAAAUAAAGGGGAAAUAAGACUUUCAUUUAGGGUCGCUCUUAAGCUGAUCAAAUGCAUACUAGAGAAGGAAUUAGAUAGUCAUAGUGAUCAGAUGUAUACUAAUACUAGAGUGCAGCUCUGCAUCGUUUAGGAUGCCGAGCUGCACUCUAGCAGACAAAACUACCCUGUAUAUUUGAGUAUGUAUCAAAAUAACGAGUAGCAUCGUUUAGGAUGCCGAGCUGCACUCUAGACGACAAAACUACCCUGUA